CACUUCUCCAAGAAGUUGAUCAGAGAACUCCGGACUGAACGCAUUCUAAAUGGACCAGAAACAUUGGAGAUAAAAAUAAACUUUAAUAGCUAACCAGCCAACACAAUUUUAAGGUAUGAGUUAUGUUUCUGCGUGUUUAUAGCACUCGAUGAGUGGCAUAGGUUUCAAGGCAACGAGGAGUUUGAUACGCAAGUUAGCCACUAAGCUAGCUAGUGUAGCUACUUAUGUGAUAGCAAGCAAACUAGCUAAUCCCUCAGGUUUAGGUUACUCUACUAACGUUAGCAGCCAGUGACUAGCUAGCUAGUCAGCUAUUAACUUGGUAGCUAGCUAUUAGAUAGAAAAACACCCGAGUAAAGAAUUUGUCAUAAUGGUUAAUUUAGCUACGAUGAUAAGACCGUUAUUUAUUGUCAUCAUCGUUUAAAGAAGAUAUGAGGCUAACGUUAGCUAGUUUAGCUAGCUACAUCUGACCACCAAGAAUGAAAGGGAGGCGGCUGUAGCUAGCUAGCUAAAAUAACGUUUACUAAUGUUAGCUACCUAGCAAAUAAGCUAGCUAGUUAGGUAGAAAAUCAAACACUAACUAGCUAUCGUUACUCAUCUGAAGCGAGUUAGCCAUCUCUCUAUCUAACGUUAGCAUUCUAGUAAAUGUUUUGCCAACGUUAGCUACUAGCUAGCAAAGUUACUUUCAACAGUUGGCAUCUGCAGCAUAUUUAUAACGUUAACCACACGUGCCAAAUGUUUGUAUACCUACCUCCAUGACACACCCCUUGCUUGGGCGGUGUUGGCUGGCUAGACACCUGUAUGAUUCUGUUGGGACUGUUAGGAACUGCUAGGAUAACGGUACUUGUCCCUGCUUCUUGAAACGGCUAAUUCAACAACAACUUGCUGCAGCCAGCUAGCAAAUGGUUCAUUCAAAUUCCAUCUGCUGAACACUGUAAACAUACCUGACACUUCUGUUCUACACCCACCAGCCCUUUCAGGGUUUUUUCUCCAUUGUGCGAUGCUAGUCCUAUAUCAUUUUUCAGCAUAUUGAACAAAGAAAAAGACUGAUGGAUACUAGCCCAGUGAGGAAGUACUUUGCUCCGCCACCCACACAAGUAUUAUACAGCAGGACCAGUGUUACACUGCACCCAUUCAUCUCAAUGAUGGAGGCCCUUAGCCCACAUUGUUGAUGCAACAAUGUGAAAAAUGUAUUGGUUUCAUUUUAGUAGUCGUGAAGUUUCUGGUAGAUCCAUGUUCACUUUCUGUGUUCCAUGAUGGAUGGCUUGUGAUGGGGUGCUAUUAACCAUGUUGAAGAAAACCUCUGUUAUCCUUCAGGUCUCAGAGAGACAACCCUCUCUCUCCCUGCUUUGGGCCUGUAGUGCAUGGCACUAGGUAGUGGUGCUAAUCUGCUCAGUAAAAUUAGCAGAUGUGUCUGGCCGUGUGUGUUACAUGGCAGGGCCUGCCGGGACACAGUGACCUCACUCAGUCAAACGAACACGUUCAUAGAUGGGACAGACAGAUGAACAGUGACACACAGACAAGACCAUUGGCCUACAUUCACAGACAGUAGGCUAUAUGCUAGCUGACUGAUGGGCGGACGGACACCCACACAGAUUGUCAGAUCCGUUUUACACACUGAGCACUUUGUUCCACUUAGUCCAAACCUGAUUCCUGUUCAAUGUAAAUGCUAUAUGAAGGAGCUAAGGGCUGUGUUUUGCAGACUUGUGGCCUGUCAAGGGCUGUUGCGGUGACCAUAUUACCGCCACACUGGCAGUCGUGUCAUGACUGCAAUAAAAUUCCAUGUGACCGUUGAGUCAUGGUAAUCUCUGUUUAUGCGUUGAUAGUACCCAACUCGCUAAUGACCAUCAGGUUGCUAAUGGCCUGGUAUUCAGGGCACUACUGUCCCUCUAACCACUACGACAUCGAUGCAAAUGCAAUCGAAAAUCACAUAAAAAACAUAUCAAAACAGUAUAGUGCUUUUAAAACUCACCUCACUGGUGAUUGAUCAAUUUGAAGAAAGAAGUUCAACAACAGGUUGAAACUGAGUGGAAAACAUGGUCGUUGUGGAUGUUGUUUCAAAGCCUAACACAACAAAAUGGACAGCGCUUUCUAAGGUGAUGGUUAAUUCAAAACAACCAUACGCAUAUUAGAGCUUAUCCAUAGGCUUCUAUUAUGAGCCCAAUCCCAAAACAAAAACGGAAUUAAAAUAAUGAUUGUGCCGUUGUACAAUACAUAACCUACCGCAUAUUACACAUGGCAGAAAAACGUAAAACAAACUGAUUUAUGGUGUCUUUGGUACAUAAUUGGUCUAGCCUAUACUCCAAAAUCAAAAAAUUCUAGUAAUCGCCUUUUGGUGUGGGCUGAAUUAUUAUGCAUACUGGAUGGACUGGUUACCUUAUGCUAGGCUCCAAUAUUUCUAUCCAUGAGUCUGGGAGAGAACGUAUAGGCCUAGGCGAUGCUGUUGGUUCCUUGAUUGUGCAGGGAGGCUUACAGAGUUAGCCUACAAUUAUAGUGAAUUUUUAUUUGAUUUUGAAAUAGCCUAGUAAUAGGGCAUUAAAACAUAUAUUUUAAUAAUGAAUAGGCUGACAGAUUACCAUGAGCUACAUGCUCCUCAAAUAGUGGUUGAUGUGUGGAGUGAAAUAACUGGAGUAGCCUACCCAGCAUGAUUGAAGAAUUUACUGUCAGGAAAGCGGCCUCCAAGUAGCUUUUUUUUUGCGACUUUCUCAAAUCAUCAAUAGCCUAUAGUCACAUCAUGCAGCCCAUAUAUGUUUUGAUUUCUAAGACAUUCUAAGGUUUGUACCAUUCACAGCUAAAGUUUCCAAAUAACUCUAAAUCUAGCGUAUAGGACCUGUUUCAAAUUAUCACUUUUACGCUCAACAUAGCCACUUCAUAUGCGCACUCACUCCGGAAUGGGAAAAAUAUAAUUUAUAUUUUAUUCAAUUAUAUUCUUCAUACUAUAAUUAAGCAAUAAGGCACAAGGGGGUGUGUUAUAUGGCCAAUAUACCACGGCUAAGGGCUGUUCUUAGCCACGACGUAUCGCGGUGUGCCUGGACACAGCCCUUAGCCGUGGUAUAUUGGCCAUAUACCACAAACCCCUGAGGUGCCUUAUUGCUAUUAUAAACUGGUUACCAAUGUAAUUAGAGCAGUAAAAAUACAUGUUUUGUCAUACCCAUGGUAUACGGUCUGAUAUACCACGGCUGUCAGCCAAUCAGCAUUCAGGGCUCGAACCAAUCAUAUAAUAUAAAAUAAUGGCACAGGAUUUAUAAGCAUAUAUUUUCUGCUAAAUGAACAAGCCUACAGCCUAUGGCAUGGCGCAUAGCCAGAUAACAUAGUGUUCUGUUCUUCUGAAAUACAUUUUCUUCAUAUCAUGUUUCUUAAGACCUGCCUAAAAUAUAUAAUGGAUUUAUUUUGAUUGUGUAUAUUAAAUAGAUCUAUUAGACUUUGUAAAAAUGUAGACAUUCCAAAGGCGCGCAUUAGGGGCUUUUAUGCGGCUUGUAUGCAUGGAGGUCUGGAUAUGCGAAACGUGUUUGUUAAUUAACGGUCAAUUACCGUGAGACCGGCAGUCUUUUGCAUGAAGAUAACCUGCUGACAAAAUGUCAUGACCGCCACAGCCUUAGGCCUGUCACACGUUGAGUGCAAAAAUAAUAAUAAUAAUGAUGAAACCACUCUGUUUCCUAUUCUCUCUCUCACUCUACCCCCCUCCCCUUCAUAAUCCUCCCCAACCUCCCCCACUCACCCUCUCCCCACCUCUCCCACUAACCCCCUCAUAAUCCCCCCACCCCCCACCUACCCCCCCUCAUAAUCCUCUCCUCCCCCACCUUCAAACCUCCUCACUCCACCUCCACCCCCCCCCUUCAUAAUCCCUCCCCCCACCUCUCCUCACUCUACCCCCCCCCACCCUCACCUCCCCACCUCCCCCUACCCCCUCCUCAUAAUCCUCUCCUCCCCACCUCUCUCUCACUCUACCCCCUCCCCUUCAUAAUCCUCUCCUCCCCACCUCUCUCACUACCCCCUCCCCCCUUCCUACUCCCCCUCCCUCCUCCCCACCUCUCUCACUCACUCUAAACCCUCCCCUUCAUACCUCCCCCACCACCCCCCCACUCAAAACAACCCACCUCCCUCCUCAUACCCUCCUCCUAACCCUCUCCCCACUCUCUCACCACCCCUCCCCUUCAUAAUCCCUCCUCCCACUUCCUCUCACUCACCCCCCCUCAUACCUCUAUCCCCCUCACUCCCACCCUCACCUACCCCCCCCCCCUCCCCCCCAUCCUCCUCUUCCACCCCCUCACACCCCCCCCCCCCCCCCCCCCCCCCCCUUCAUAAUCCUCCCCAGUGGGAGUGCGGUGAGCGGCCGUGAUGGGUGACACGGAGCUGGGGCUGUCUGCUGCACAGCCAGAGGAACUAGAACCGCAGAGCUCCUCCACAGCCUCCUCCUCUCUGUCCAUCUCCUCCUCUCCCUCCCGCUCUCUGCCCUCCUCCCCUUCCUCUGGACACUACCACCACCAGCAGACCCCCAGUCCCAGCCCCACUCACAGCGAUGGUCCAGCCACCUCCAGCCCACCCCUGGACGUCAUCUCAGAGGGCGUGGGCGAGCUGACCCUGGUCAUCGACCCCGAGGUGGCCAAGAUGGCCUGCCAGGAGGUGCUGCAGAAGGUGAAGUUCCUCAAAGGCAAAAGUGAGGGGUCAGGGUCUGGGUCUGACGGUGGCAAUAGCACGGACCACACACUGGUCAACGGGACUGUAUAUACAGAGCCUAUCAAGCCCCCAAAAAUCCCUGGGGAGGAGGACUCUGAGGCACUGCCUCCAGGCUCGGUGAAAAGCGCGCGGCGGCGCCAGCGCCACAACCCCUCCAAGCAGUCGUGGUUGCUGCGGCUGUUUGAGUCCAAACUCUUCGACGUGUCAAUGGCCAUCUCCUACCUACACAACUCCAAGGAGCCGGGUGUGCAGGCCUACAUUGGCAACCGCCUGUUCAGCUUCCGCCACGAGGAGGUGGACUUCUACCUGCCGCAGCUGCUCAACAUGUACAUCCACAUGGACGAGGACGUGGGAGACGCCAUCAAGCCCUACGUGGUGCGUAUGUUACUGCCCUGAAUCAUCUCCGUGGCUAGCUAGUCAUAAGAGUUAGAAAUGUAUCCUUUCUAAAGCCCCUUUCACAUCAAAUGAUUUAUUUUCCCCAUAGGUGCACCGCUGCCGUCAGAGUAUCUCCUUCUCGCUGCAGUGUGCCUGGCUGCUGGGCGCCUACUCCUCCGACAUGCACAUCUCCACACAGCGACACUCACGCGGUACCAAGCUACGCAAACUCAUCUUCUCCGACGAACUCAAACCAGCCGCGGUCCGUGCCCGCCAGCCACUGACGUUGACCCCCUUCUGCCCACUUCCGACCGUUGCGCAAUCCCUGCAUGGGCACGGCUUGGGUGGGGAGCACGGUCUGUCGCCUACCAAGCGCACGCAUCAGCGCUCCAAGUCGGAUGCCACGGUCAGCAUCAGCCUGAGCAGCAACCUGAAGAGGACCGCGAGCAACCCCAAGGUGGAGAGCAACCAGGACGAGGUGUGUACUGGGAGUAUAUACAAGUUUUUGUUUUCCACCAAGUCAGUUUGUUUCUCUGUAUCUUGGCCGGUAUCUCUCAAAGUGGGAUAGCUAACUUUGGAAGCAACUGCUUGGGGUCCAACGGGGCGGGGGGGCGACACACAGUCCAGCACCCUUACGCUGUAGCGGUUAUCACCAAAUAGGCCCAAAGAUGACAUGAUAUUGAGGUGAGGGGUCAAUGGAAUGCACAUAUUCCAGACAGAGCACAGAAUAAUACUUCCUCUUCUGUCUCUGUAUAGAAAGUGUCAUGGCUACAUAUCCACAGAGACUCACACGUGGUCCUGUGUAGCUCAGUUGGUAGAGCAUGGCCAGGGUUGUGGGUUCGAUUCCCAUGGGGGACCAGUAUGAAAAUAUAUGCACUCACUACUGUAAGUUGCUCUGGAUAAGAGCGUCUGCUAAAUGACUAAAAUGACAAAAAUGUUGAAGAGAGGACCUUUGACCAAUGAAGCUCUAUCUAUAUGUGUCUGUGUCCGUGCAUGCAUGCGUGUUCGUGACUACCACACCAAACUUAAUCAGCAGUUCAGUUUCAAGCUCAGUGAUUUCCCUGUAGUCACGUCCUCCUUUCUCUCUUAGCUCCCUCUUCGGUUUACGUUGGCAUCAUGACACCCUUACAAUGUUAUACAAACAUGGAGACACUGUUACUGUAGGGUCACAGUGCCUCUAUAAACACCAUGCCCAAAGCUCUCUAUUGAGGUCUGGUAUUAUCUUGAUGAUACUAGUUCACUAUGGUGACUGACCAUGUGGUGACAUCAUCAGUACUCGGCUAUUAACCUGGUAGCUAUUGGAUACAAAAACACCAGAGUAAAGAAUUUGUCGUAAUGGUUAAUUUAGCUAUGAUGAUAAGACCGGUAUUUCUUGUCAUCGUCGUUUAAGGAAGAUGGGUAGCUAACGGUUAUUGUGAAUAAUCAGAUUAAUAUAAUAAAUUAAAAACGUUUACAUGCUUUGCAAAAAUAAUGAUUUCCCUAAUAAUCCUGUUUCCAUGGACACAUCUGAAAUCAGGCUACCUGAUGGGACUUUGAUAAAGCCGAAAAUCGCAAAAGAAGGAAGCUUGCGCUGCUCGUGCUAGCACAUGCACAGAUCAAAUACACUGCUAUAACAAAUCAUUUGAAAGAUUGCUCAGAAAACCAGGUCUUUUAAUCGGCGUAUGCUUGCUUCGAUUAUGACCUUACGUCGAUUUAAAAUAAGCAGAGUGAGGUGUUUAUAUGACUAAUGCCUUACUCAGCCUACUGCCAGAAUCAGUUUAGUAUCUAAUUAUUAGUGUGCAUAUAAACGUACUCAGUGAUUCAGUCAUCACCACUACAGGGUAUUGGGCACUCAAGGACUGUCCCUGAAACUGCAGAGCUGUCAUUAUGUAAAAGGAAGUAACCUCUCCUGACCUCAGCCAGAUAUGCUCUGAUAUGGGAUAUUACCUAGGACUAUGCAGUCUUCUCAUGCAUGAGAAGGGUCUGUUAUAUAACAUUUGAACACUUUAAGUUGUUGUUUAGUUAGUUGUUGGAUACACAAUUAAACAUUGGGGUACAAAUCACUUCAUGAGUCACUGAUACACCAGUUCGGUUCCUUUAGUCAUCAAUGAGUCAUUGACACAACUUCCUUCCUGUUCUUAUAGAGGUACCCAAAACACAAUCUUCCCACUCUCUUAUUAAGACUACUAUAGAGACAUACUGCCCCAUCAUUUACCUUUACAUCUUAGUCAUUUAGCAGACGCUCUUAUCCAGAGCCACUUACAGUUAGUGAGUGCAUACAUUUUCAUACUGCCCCCCCCCGUUGGGAAACGAACCCACAACCCUGGCGUUGCAAGCGCCAUGCUCUACCAACUGAGCUACAGGGGACAGUUGGGCCAUGAUGGGCCAAGCUACAGUUGGCCCAUCAUGGAGUGGAUAAUACGAUGGCGCCAGGUCAGAAUCAAUUCAGGAAGGGAAUUGAAAUAUUCUGUUAAGUGAUGGGCCAACUUCAUGUCAUCGGGCAGCAGAAAAUGCUUUCUCAGUCUCACAUGUGACCUUCUGCAAAGGGUGGUGAACAUAAAGUGUGAAGGAAGACUGCUAUCGCGCAUCACUGUUGUUAAGCUGGGUGUAAAGUUCAAGGUGUCUAGUGUGGAAUCUAUUUACAGUGCCUUCAGAAAAUAUUCACACCCCUUGACUUUUCCCCCAGUUUGUAAAACAAAUUCUGAAAAAUAAAACACUAAUAUAUCUUGAUUACAUAAGUAUUCAACCCCCUGAGUCAAUACAUGUUAGAAUCACCUUUGACUCUUUCUGGGUAAGUCUCUAAGAGCUUUGCACACCUGGAUUGUACAACAUUUGAACAUUAUUCUUUUAAAAUUCUUCAAGUUCUGUCAAGUUGGUUGUUGAUCAUUGCUAGACAGCCAUUUUCAAGUCUUGCCAUAGAUUUUCCAGCUGAUUUAAGUCAAAACUGUAGCUAGGCCACUCAGGAACAUUCAAUGUCAUCUUGGUAAGCAACUCCAGUGUAUAUUUGGCCUUGUGUUUUAGGUUAUUGUCCUGCUGAAAGGUGAAUUUGUCUCCCAGUGUCUGUUGGAUAGCAUACUGAACCAGGAUUUCCUCUAUGAUUUUGCCUGUGUUAGCUUUAAGCCAUUUCUUUUUAUCCUAAAAAACUCCCUAGUCCUUGCCGAUGACAAACAUACCCAUAACAUGGUGCAGCCACCACCAUGCUUGAAAAUAUAUAGAGUGGUACUCAGUGAUGUGUUGUGUUGGAUUUGCCCCAAACAUAAUGCUUUGUAUUCAUGACUUAAAGUUAAUUUCUUAGCCACAUUUUUUUGUAGUUUUACUUUAGUGCCUUAUUGCAAACAGGAUGCAUGUUUUGGAAUAUGUUUUAUUCUUUACAGGCGUCCUUCUUUUCACUCUGUUAUUUAGGUUAGUAUUGUGGAAUAACUAUAAUGUUAUUGAUCCAUUCUCAGUUUUCUCCUAUCAUAGCCAUUAAACUCUGUAACUGUUUUAAAGUCACCAUUGGCCUCAUGGUGAAAUCCCUGAGCGGUUUCCUUCCUAUCCGGAAACUGAGUUAGGAAAGACGCCUGGAACUUUGUAGUGACUGGGUGUAUUGAUCCAAAGUGUAAUUAAUAACUUCACCAUGCUCAAAGGAAUAUUCAAUGUCUGCUUUAAAAUUUUUUUUAUCUACCAAUAGGUAUCUUUCAUUUUGAGGCAUUGGAAAACCUCCCUGGUCUUUGUGGUUGAAUCUGUGUUUGAAAUGCACUGCUCGACGGAGUGACCUUACAGAUAAUUGUAUGUGUGGGGUACAGAGAUGAGGUAGUCAUUCAGAAAUCUUGUUAAACACUAUUAUUACACACAGAGUGAGUCCAUGCAAUGUAUUAUGUGACUUGUUAAGCACAUUUUGACUCCUGAAUUGAUUUAGGCUUGCCAUAACAAAGGGAUUGAAGACUUAGGCCUAUUGACUCAAGUCAUUUCAGCUCUUCAUUUUUUAUUCAUUUGUACCCAUUUCAAAAAAUAUAAUUCCACUUGGACAUUAUGGGGUAUUGUGUGUAAGCUAGUGACCCAAAAUCUCAAUUGAAUCCAUUUUAAAUUCAGGCUGUAACACAACAAAAUGUGGAUAAAGUCAAGGGGUGUGAAUACUUUCUGCAGGCACUGUAUCUAGAAGAGUUUGGACUCUUCCCAACAUCACUCCUCCUCCCCCUGGUUAAUGUGUAGUGAGACAUUGUCUGUUGUGAGUAACCAUUCAGAAACACCGGACGUCACUAGACUUUCAUGAAGGAAGAUUUUCUCUUUAUUCCUUUUUUUACUUUCACUGCUCUUUUCUUUCUCUUAAUGUCUUCCUUGUCCUUGCUUCUCCAAGCUCUAUAGAGAGCUUUCAUCUCUCUCUCACUUUCCUAUUUUCUGUUCCCCUGCUCUGUGACCUUUAGUGUCAUGUGACGGUGUUAGUAGUAGUUCACCCAGACAACAGUGAUCAUGGAAGAUCUGCAGUUAUGUGUUGUCACUCCUCACGACAAGACCCUGGAAUGCACAGGCACACAAUGCAGCCUCUUCCCAUUCACUGGGGCGUACAGUCUGUUAGUACUAAUCAAGGAGAGUACCUAAUUAUGAUUGUUGUUGCUGAUUUUAAGAAAAAUAAAACAUUGUUAAUGUUCUUAUUUUACCCUCCACCCCCUUUCCUUUCCUUACUUUGUACUUUAACCUGUCACCUUUCCCAGGAUCUUAGCUCCAGCUCAGAAAGUCUUGAUUGUUAGACUAAGACUGGUGCAGUAAGUUAACGGCCUCCAUCACCACAUACUUAUGUGGUGCAUUCUGGGAUGAUGGCUGCCUGUCUCCAUUGGCAGCUGGGGUGUAGACUACUCUCUGUAUGUGAAGUGAGGAGUCGUAAGUAAGCAUGUAUCUCAAUAUGCAACUUUGGGCUCCAGAGCUAAAAAGCCCUCAGGGGUCAUUGAUGGCAGCAGUGGGAUCCGUUCGUCAUCGCUUUUUUGGUCAGUUGUGUAUCUAUCAUUGUUAUGGGUGCAGAUUGUGAUACAUGCUUAUAAACCUCCACUCUAAUGGUUUAAUUUUCUAUUUUUCCUGUUUUAGGAUAAAAUAUGUGUGUAUGACGUUUUGGGGCUUGUGUAAACUUUGACUUUGCUAAACCACUGCUGAAAUAAUUUAGCCUCAAAUGAAUGAUUUGCUAAUGGUUUCAAGUUCUGGUCUUUCUUGUUUCAACUAGUCUUAUCUUCUGACAUUUGUGUCAAGUUGGUUGCUGAAGUGUGUCAGCUUUUAAAAGGCUAUUUUGAGACUACAGGCGAUUAUACACAUUUGCUCACUUGAAUCAGCUGUAAUAAUGGGCCCUGACUCCUGAAUCAUUUCUAACAAACUUGACACAAAUGGACCAGCGGCUCAUGGCUGUAUAUCUAAGUUGCUAUUGUAAUUUCACAAGGGAGUGGUGCUCUGAUUUCCCAACUCUCUGGGGGUCAACAUGAGAAGGUGUGUUGUGUUGAGAGUAUUUGGUUCCAACACAACACUGAACUAUUCUUACAAAACACUAUUCCUCCAAAAGGUCAUUAUGUUCAUACAUCUUAUUUACUCUUGCCGUGCUUCCUCCUCCUCUGUAGCCAGUACGUCUGGCACCCCAGAGAGAGUUCAUCAAGUCCCUGAUGGGCAUUGGGAAGCGGCUGGCCACGCUGCCCACCAAGGAGCAGAAGACGUCCCGGCUCAUCUCGGAGCUAUCGCUGCUCAACCACAAGCUGCCCGCCCGCGUCUGGCUGCCCACCGCCGCCUUCGACCACCACGUAGUGCGCGUCCCUCACACACAGGCUGUGGUGCUCAACUCCAAAGACAAGGUGGGGGGAGACACACACACAGUGUAGAAUGAGACGAUGCACCAAUUCAAACAUGUAAACAAUCACCUCUACCUCAUCAGGCGCCAUACCUCAUCUAUGUAGAGGUUCUGGAGUGUGAGGACUUUGAGACCUCCAACGUUCCGUUGCGGAUCUCCGAGACGAGGAUCCGCAGUACGCGCUCAGUGGAGAACCUUCCAGACUGCGGCAUCACGGCGGAUCAGCGCGCCGGGGGCUUCUCAACAGUUCACAACUACGAUGAGGAUAACGAAGCCUGGUCUGUGGACGACAUCGGGGAUCUGCAGGUGGAGGUAGGGGUCAGGAGCCAAACAUUUUAGGUGGUACCCACCCUUAUCAGUUAGUGAAGGAGUGUUGUAAACCCUUGUGUUUUCACACCUCUCUUGUGGGCUGUAGACUCACUCUCUCCCCUGUUCUUUCCCUCUUCUCUGUUUUCCCAGCUCGCAGAGUUCCACACCAACAGCUGUGACAACAUCUCCCAGUUCUCAGUGGACAGCAUCACCAGCCUAGACAGCAAGGAGCCCAUCUUCAUCGCUGCUGGAGACAUCAGGUACAGAGGAAUAGCUUUGGGUGGUAUAUUGUAGUCUUUCAAACUGUUAUGUAUAUGAUGCUUCUUCAGUAGUGUUCCUCUUGUAUAACAGUGAGAGUGUGUUUCUUCCCCCCUCUACACAGGCGCCGGCUCUCAGAGCAGCUAGCUCACACACCGACCACAUUCAAGCGAGACCCAGAGGACCCUUCAGCAGUGGCUCUCAAGGAGCCGUGGCAGGAGAAGGUUCAGUGCGUACACAAUCCCUGCAGUGGACCAUGGAGGUGUUGCAUGCCUCGAUUGUAACCUCAAGGCUAGAGGAAAGGUUUGAGCUUUGCUAAUUGUAUGUUCCUGUACUUUUUGUGUUCUUUUGAACAGGCGGAUAAGGGAGGGUUCCCCCUAUGGUCACAUCCCUACCUGGCGGUUAUUGUCAGUCAUCGUCAAGUGUGGCGACGACCUUCGGCAAGAGCUCCUGGCCUCUCAAGUGCUGCAGCAGCUCCAGGUAAUUAUGGACACUCUAGCUCCAACUCCACAUACACAGCAAAGAUGAGCUUCUCUUUCCACAUAUCCACACCCAGUAUUUACACUACAGUAAUAAUAUAAUAAUAUGCCAUUUAGCAGACGCUUUUAUCCAAAGCAACUUACAGUCAUGCGUGCAUACAUUUCUGUAUGCAUGUAUAUACUUUAUCUGUACUAAUCAUGUACCUCUCCCUCUCCCAGAUCAUCUGGGAACAGGAACGUGUGCCUAUCUGGAUCAAACCCUACAAGAUCCUGGUGAUCUCCUCUGACAGCGGCAUGAUUGAACCCAUAGUCAAUGCAGUGUCCAUCCACCAGGUGAGCGGGCUCAGAAAGGCUCCAACAAAAUCACACACAAAAACAAACUUAGCUAUUAGUAGUAUUUAACAUUACUAUUUGAGAACAUUACUCUCGCAAAACCUUUCCCUCCUCAGCCAGCUAGAUCAAUACCUUUUCUUCCAGAUAUUAGGCUUCUAGCGGCAGGUAGCCUAGCGGUUAGGGCGUUAGCGUUGGCCCAGUAACCGAAAGGUCGCUAGUUCGAAUCCCCAAGCUGACAAGGUGAAAAAUAUGUUGAUGCGCCCUUGAGCAAGGCACUUUACCCUAAUUUCUCCAGGAUCACUGUUGAUAAUGCCCUGGCCGUGACCCCACUCUCCGAGAGUGUCUGAGGGGGAGUUGGGAUAUGCAAAAAAAAAUAUAAUAUAUAUAUAUAUAUAUAUAAGCACCCACCAAAUUAUUAUUAAAUAUGUCCUGUAAACUUCAAGGAGUUGGUCUGAUGGGAAUCCGUGAUGUCAUCGCCCCGCCCCCCCGUGCUAUGUCAUGACUGGACCACCUAUUAAAAUGUGCCUAUUGUUAAGUAAAUCAGCGGUUAAAGGAGGUGAAAAGGUGACUGGAAUGGGACUUUAAAUGUUAAAGUUAUCUGUUAUCCCUCCGCCAGGUGAAGAAACAGAGCCAGAUGCCUCUGCUGGACUACUUCCUGCAGGAACACGGUACCCACACCACUGAGGCCUUCCUCACGGCCCAGCGCAACUUUGUUCAGAGCUGUGCAGGCUACUGUCUCAUCUGCUACCUUCUGCAGGUCAAAGACAGGUCAGACACUCCCACUACGCCCUCUCAUUCACUCCUUUAUCCUCUUUCAUCGCUUACAUCCUUGACCAUUCUGGUCUUCAUCGUCCCUCUUCUUUCGGACCAUUUGUUUAUCUCCGUUCCCCCUUUCUUUUUACCAUUUCGUUUCUCAUCCUUCCCCUCUUUCUUUCUGACCAUUUCUGUUCUCUCAUCUCGUUCCCCUCUUUCUCGUUCUGACCAUUUCUGUUCUCUCAUCUCGUUCCCCUCUUUCUUUCUGACCAUUUCUGUUCUCUCAUCUCGUUCCCCUCUUUCUUUCUGACCAUUUCUGUUCUCUCAUCCCUCUUCUUUCUCUCACAUCUUUCCUCAUCUGACCUUUCUUUCUGUCCAUCGCUCCCCCUGUUCGACCUUCUGCUUCAUCCAUCCACUUUGUCAACAUCGUUAUACAGCCUAUGGCACAUUCUGAUUCAAUUGCACUCUGUUGCGUUCAUUCUGUUCCACUCUUGACGCAACUGGUCUUCAACCUCUGUCUUUCUGCCUCCACUCAGCGAUGUUCUGAUGAGACAUGAGGUAAAGCAGAGGUUUGAAACACUUUGCCAUCUUGAACAAAGCAAAUGGAUUAUUACAACAGUUGUUCUUGUGACUGCUCUCUCUAGGUGAUGGGAGGUCUGGAUGGAGACAUGUUUAAUUACUAUAAGAUGCUCUGUCUCUCUAGGUGAUGGGAGGUCUGGAUGGAGACAUGUUUAAUUACUAUAAGAUGCUCUGUCUCUCUAGGUGAUGGGAGGUCUGGAUGGAGACAUGUUUAAUUACUAUAAGAUGCUCUGUCUCUCUAGGUGAUGGGAGGUCUGGAUGGAGACAUGUUUAAUUACUAUAAGAUGCUCUGUCUCUCUAGGUGAUGGGAGGUCUGGAUGGAGACAUGUUUAAUUACUAUAAGAUGCUCUGUCUCUCUAGGUGAUGGGAGGUCUGGAUGGAGACAUGUUUAAUUACUAUAAGAUGCUCUGUCUCUCUAGGUGAUGGGAGGUCUGGAUGGAGACAUGUUUAAUUACUAUAAGAUGCUCUGUCUCUCUAGGUGAUGGGAGGUCUGGAUGGAGACAUGUUUAAUUACUAUAAGAUGCUCUGUCUCUCUAGGUGAUGGGAGGUCUGGAUGGAGACAUGUUUAAUUACUAUAAGAUGCUCUGUCUCUCUAGGUGAUGGGAGGUCUGGAUGGAGACAUGUUUAAUUACUAUAAGAUGCUCUGUCUCUCUAGGUGAUGGGAGGUCUGGAUGGAGACAUGUUUAAUUACUAUAAGAUGCUCUGUCUCUCUAGGUGAUGGGAGGUCUGGAUGGAGACAUGUUUAAUUACUAUAAGAUGCUCUGUCUCUCUAGGUGAUGGGAGGUCUGGAUGGAGACAUGUUUAAUUACUAUAAGAUGCUCUGUCUCUCUAGGUGAUGGGAGGUCUGGAUGGAGACAUGUUUAAUUACUAUAAGAUGCUCUGUCUCUCUAGGUGAUGGGAGGUCUGGAUGGAGACAUGUUUAAUUACUAUAAGAUGCUCUGUCUCUCUAGGUGAUGGGAGGUCUGGAUGGAGACAAAUUUUUUGUUGGGUUGGAUGGAAUUUAAUUACUAUAAGAUGCUCUGUCUCUCUAGGUGAUGGGAGGUCUGGAUGGAGACAUGUUUAAUUACUAUAAGAUGCUCUGUCUCUCUAGGUGAUGGGAGGUCUGGAUGGAGACAUGUUUAAUUACUAUAAGAUGCUCUGUCUCUCUAGGUGAUGGGAGGUCUGGAUGGAGACAUGUUUAAUUACUAUAAGAUGCUCUGUCUCUCUAGGUGAUGGGAGGUCUGGAUGGAGACAUGUUUAAUUACUAUAAGAUGCUCUGUCUCUCUAGGUGAUGGGAGGUCUGGAUGGAGACAUGUUUAAUUACUAUAAGAUGCUCUGUCUCUCUAGGUGAUGGGAGGUCUGGAUGGAGACAUGUUUAAUUACUAUAAGAUGCUCUGUCUCUCUAGGUGAUGGGAGGUCUGGAUGGAGACAUGUUUAAUUACUAUAAGAUGCUCUGUCUCUCUAGGUGAUGGGAGGUCUGGAUGGAGACAUGUUUAAUUACUAUAAGAUGCUCUGUCUCUCUAGGUGAUGGGAGGUCUGGAUGGAGACAUGUUUAAUUACUAUAAGAUGCUCAUGCUGCAGGGCCUGAUAGCAGCACGUAAACACAUGGACAAAGUCAUCCAGAUAGUGGAGAUCAUGCAGCAAGGUAAUUACUCUUAAUUCUUACCUUGUCCUAACACACAACUAUGUGUCAGUCAUGACAUUUCUCUCUUGUCCUAAUCUGUAUAUUAGUCAUGUUAUCUUUAGCUUUAGUUAGUCAUGAAAAGCAGCUUUAACUUUGAGGAAAGUUCUUUAUCGAUAAGUACAAUUGGUCAUUAUAAGUACCAAACCGUACUACACUGUACAUCCUCAGUGCCCCUCUAUUCUCCCUCCCAGGCUCCCAGCUGCCCUGCUUCCACGGCUCCAGCACCAUCCGGACCCUGAAGGAGCGUUUCCACAUGAGCCUGACGGAGGAGCAGCUGCAGGUCCUGGUGGAGCAGAUGGUGGACGGAUCCAUGCGCUCCAUCACCACCAAGCUCUACGACGGCUUCCAGUACCUCACCAACGGCAUCAUGUGAACGUGUGUGUACAGGACGUGUGUGUGUGGAAAGGAUACAUGAGUGUGUAUGUUUCUAAAUGUGCAGUGGACAUACAUGGACUGGACUGGAGAGGCCACACCACUGGCAAAGACCACUCGCCCCCAUACCUCUACGGACAGAAUACGUUCGGUUAUAGUUCUCUUUCUAACACAACCUCAACCUUGGACUGAUGUCUUUGCUCACAGGAUUCAGACUGAAGACAGGAGAGGUUUCAGCUGUGAAGAUUUUCCUCUUUUGAUAUUUCCUUUUUGUUUGUGUUGUCUGUUUUAUCCUUUUUUUUAUAUCUUUCAGUUUGCUUUGUUUUCUCAAAGAGGAAUCUGUUCUGUUUCUCCCCCUCUCUUCAGUAUGUAAUGGUACAGUAAUGACCUGUGCCUCCAGAUAUUCAUGACACUCACCAGCCCUUUAACUCAAUCUGUCUCACCCCAGUGUGUGAGGCUGUUCAGUCUCCAUAUUUACCAUCUCAUUCCCAACUCUAUUAUAGUGGCUUUCUCUACACUUUCUCAGUCAUGGAAUGAACACUCUUACCGAAAUGCUUAGGAACCAGCUCUGUUCCCCUGUCAUUGGAACGCCAUACUCACGACUGUUCUUGGUUGUUGAGGAGUGACAUUGUUUGCUAGAUGCACAUAGUUCCCUCAAAAUAUGAUCCUACAGUAGUGGGUUGGAAUGAGGUAGCUCCACGCUACCAAUGUAUCUUCUAUCAACCUAAUUUCUUCUGGAAGCUUUUGUUCAUCACUUUGUAUGAAGGGACAUGACGCAUUCAACUGUGAAGACGUGUAUUUAUGCCUGGUAUCAUUUUGGAGGAAGAAGAAGAAGAGUCUACUGCUGUCUAUGUAUUGAGUGACUGGUACUCGGAAUGGUCUGAAUACACAUUUACAUUGACAUUUAGCAGACGCUCUUAUCCAGAGCGACUUAGUGAGUGCAUACAUUUUCAUACCAAGGACACCAGUGUGGCUGAAGUACCUCAAAAGAACCCAGUAUUUCGCAAAGGCUUUGAAUAUUAAGGAAAAUAGUCAAUUCACAAAUGGUUGGCUUAAAAGUGUUCAACAUUUCAUAUUCAGAAUACUUUUGGGAUCGAGGUUGAUAAGGAUAGGGUCUAUGGACUAUGGCUGAUUUUCUGUGUUUUAGGGCGGGAUAGAGAUACAAAACCUUAUCCUGUUCUCUGUUUCAUCAUGACAGUUUUAUUUCCAUCCACUACUCCACAUUCAUCUCAAUAGAAGCUGGAUUUUCACCCCUGUUCCAGAAGUCUGAAUAUGAAAGGGCAAACUAAUUACAAGCUAGAAUCCUAAUUAACUUUAUUUCUCCCAACCGUUUUUCUACUACCUUAGUGUUUUUGUCAAUCCUUUUAUUUCUUUAUGACCUGUUAUUUAAUGGACCAGCUGUUAUGAUCAUGUGACCUCCCUUAACUUGUAAAUGUUUCUUUAUAAUAAAUUAAUUUGUCUCAGUCAGGCUGUUGAAAAUGACAUUUUUACCUGCCCGAAUAUUCAAUACCUUACUAUCUACUACAACUACUACUUGCCACCUCAGUACUUGGGUGAUAGGCUUAGAAUUUUUUAUUUAUUUAAACAUUCUGGAGUUAAAUAAAAUACUGCUUCACCUAUCAUGGGGAGCCAUCUGCAGAGGUAUUCCCUUACCUGUCCACACUUGCCGCUAUUAACCAAAUGUUUAAAUUACUUACAACCUGACCACACCUCCUUAGAAGAAGUCAGGCUAGGCUACUCCAUCAACUUUGAAGCACCGGGUGAAAGUUUUUACAAUUAUAGAAAACAGCAUAUAAUACCGAAAAUUAAAUUAACCAUCUUUAGAUUUAUAAGUAUGAUAUUACGUUUGAGUUUCACCUGAGCUCGGGACAUUCCUUGCUUAGCGCCUCAAGCUUUCCGUGUAAAGUGGAUUUCUCAAAAUUUACGGCUGGGAAGUGAAUCAGGAAGUAAUAUCAAGUUAAAAUGGUAAGUAACCUAUACUUUAAUUUCUCUGCGUUUUUCUCAUUCACAACUACACACCGAAAUUCAUUUAAACAUCAUAAAUCAAAGUGUAGCCUACUCAUGUGAAGUUUGUGCUUCUCUCCCGACUGGAGAAUAUUCUUUGAGCCAGCACAAGUCAGAUUGCUUAGUGCUUGUGAUACAAAAACCUGGUGGCUGACAAGGAUUGUAGACAAAUAUCCUUGGCUGCAUGAUCGGAGCUCGAAAAGGCGCUGUCCAUUCUUUGAUACAAAAAUCACUAACUUUAAACAACUGGCACUGUUGGAACCACACGAUGCAAAUAUCAGUAAGUCUGCGCAGAUUUAUUUUGCACAGACUUCCUUGUUGUGAACAUUUGAUUCAAUCAGUAGGCUAUUGCCUCAAAUGUCCCAGUACUUCUUGAUCUCCUUUCCAAUAACUGAAAAGUAUGGACAGGUUUUCACCUUAGUGUUGCUUCCACCUGUCAAGUCAUGAUCAGUGGUGCUAGGCUAUAGGAAAGGUGAAAGGGAGCUAUCGUAUCUAAUAACAUUGGAAUAGGCACAUAGCUUAGGCCUAACCACCGAUGGAAACUCACUACUAGCCUGGGCAUCCACUUUUUCCAGUGGUCCCAUUGCAUGUACACCUAAAUCACAGCCUAUGCAUACCUGUAGUCUACUACACUUAGCCACGGAGAGUUGGGGUGCUGGAGCACCCCCUGAAAAAUCGGAAUAAAAAAAUAUAUUAAUUGUUUAUUUGUUUAUUUUUCUCACAAAGUAGUGCACUGGGCCUUUAAUAGUACUGUAUUAGUGCACCAAUAAGAACAUGCAAAACAUUGUUUUCUCUGCUGCCUACAAAAAAAUCAAAAACUACUUCCCGUGGCUAUGCUACUAUAGUAAAUGUUUUGCCUCUAAACGUUACUGCACUCAGCUAGCAAAAUGGUUUGUUUUGCUGUCUUCCCUGCCAAACAGCAUGUGAAGCUGAUUCAAAUGAAUCAACCUGGAACAACGUGUCUGGGCAGUAUUAUCCCCACUGAACAGGCCCUAGGAGGGAAAUGGAAUGUAGACAAUUCAGGAUAGGAAGAUUUGAGGUCCACGGGGGACAGACCCCUCUCUGUGACGUCAUGCAUACAAAAUUAUACCUGGUCAUAGCUUUGGGACUCAACAUCGGGAGUCUGUGUAUUGGUUGGACACAUUCAGGAGGACAACGUGACAGAAUAUUCAUACUUUCCCGAUCUCCUCAUUUUGAUCAAUACUGAUCAAGUUAAAGAGAAAAGGAGAACAAACCACUGUUGAUAUUCACCCUGUGACCUGUUUGGUUCCUUGUUAUAAAUUCUACAGACACAUGACUGUUCCACGAGAACUGGACUGUCUGUUGCAAUACCCAAACCGUCUGUCUGUCAUGGUGAUUCAUGACUGAUAAAUCACAAGGUCUUUACCUCGUGGCAUUGCCUCUGCAUGCCCAUCUGACCAUCACUGAAUGUAUCAAGAAACUACACAGCCUGCACACUAUAUUGCUCCUUAACCUUUCUGUUUCUUUCAUAUGCAGAGUUUUUCAUUCAGCACCUUGUAUAAUGUGAUGUGUGUUUGACAAUUACUUUACAUCACUGAAUUGUCCAGGGUAUUUCGAUCAUAAACAUUUAUUGACUCAUGGUAGGCCGUUAUUGUAAUUAAGAAUUUGUUCUAAAUUGACUUGCCUAGUUAAAUAAAGAUUAAAUAAAUAAAAUUAUACUGUUCUGUUUCAUCCUGGCAGGCACACCGCUAUAUUAUUAUAUUACUACAGCGCUAACUUGUGGUCAAUAUGGCAAUAUUCAAGGUUAUUUCGGGAAGAGUGUGUAGAUUCACGUCAACGGUUGAGACAUUUCUUCUUUAGCUGUUAGAGUAUGACCAUAGCUCUCAUCCUCUUCUGAAAUAGAGGCUGCUGUGAUUGUGUAAUACAUGUGGUGGGAAAAUCUUUAUGGUUGUGUGGUGCGGUGAGUAUGAAGACUGUGUUUCUUUACUUUCUGGUCAUAACACUUCAAUUAAGCUUAUUUGUGUCAUGCAUGUUAGGCACAGUCUAAACAGUGUAUUGGAUUGCUACUUUGAUAUCAUGUAUUGUGUACAAGGUUGGUGACCACCAGUGUACAUUGUGCGGCCGUUACAAUUUGCACCACACAAACCGUUGUACAUUACAGAAUUCCACAAUGCGAUUUUGAAGAGCUCACAGCCUUUUGUGUAAAGUAGUUGUUAUGUCAGAUUCCGGCAUAUUCAGUUUCCCCUGCUACCAGCACAUCACUGAUCCCACUCAUCAGUCAGUGUUCUGAGUUAAUGAGGACAUAUGAGUGUUCAUUAAUGGGCAAGGAGAGGAGUUGAAUUUGCACAGAUAAUCUUAUUGCAACCAGUCUAUCUCCCUCUUUCUUUCUCUGUCUCCCUCUCUCUCUGCCUCCCUCUCUCUCUGCCUCCCUCUUUCUCUGUCUCCCUCUUUCUCUCUGUCUUUCUCUGUCUCUGUCUCUGUUUCUCUGUCUCAGGGGAGUAAGGAGCGCUACCACUGGCAGACCCAGAAUGUUAAGAUCAGCGGGGUGGACGACAUGGUCCUGCUCUCCAAGAUCAACGAGGAUGCCAUCACUGACAACCUCAAGAAGAGAUACAUGGACGACUACAUCUUUGUAUCCUUCAGCUUGUAGUAGAACCAGGGCACACACUGCUAUAUGUGGCAAAUACACUGAGGCUUUGCUCUGCUUUGUAGAUGUACAUACACCGUAGUCUCUCUGUCAUACACACACACACACACACACACACACACACCCUGUGAUCACUUCAGCCACAUUAGCUUGUUAUGAGAUUAGCCUUAAUAACAUACUUUAAAAAAAGUGUAGAACAACAUGGAAGGGUAAUAUGUUUGUGUCUCAACCACCAUAUUUACAGUACACCACAUGUAGCGUUAGGGACUAGCACUGCGAUCACAGCUACAACUAUACACAUCAAUGCCGUUGUGGCCCCUGCCGGUGCUGUAUUCUAGAUGGUUAUUCAAAUUUUCCUUAACAGGUCUUCCUCAGACCUACAUAGGGUCGGUGCUGAUCUCUGUCAACCCCUUUAAACAGCUGCCCUACUUCACUGACAGAGAGGUGGAGCUCUACCAGGGAGCUGUGAGUAAUAUACACUACUAAACCCACUGGGCUUUCUGCUGUCUGGCUGGCUGGCUGGCUGGCUGGCUGGCUGGCUGGCUGGCUGCACCUACCUACCAGUUUCAAGAUUUGUUUGCAUCACUCGAUCUAGACGGAGAAACUGUAGUGUACAAAAGGCUGAUUGUAUAGUCCUGCUUAUCAAUAUGUGAUGCAAAGUAGGCCCUUCCACAUUCCCACUAUCAUGUAAAUGAUAUGUUCAAUGCCAUUAUGUUGUCCAUUGUUUACCUCACCUCAUAAUGACAGAGUUAAUGAAUAACCCCAACGCUUCCUGUCUCUCAGUUAAUGUCCUUAGUUUCACUCUGGUCUGAGGGACCAGUAGACACUCGAUUAACCAGUUCUAUUACAAAUAUGUGAGAAUGUCUGCUGCUGCUGAAGUUUUUGUAAAUUAUUUUUUUGUAUCACUAUUUAUCUAAAGUGCUGUAAGUAAGAAGCUUAAUCUAUUGUGAAUGCUGUUUACCAAGCUGGACAAAAACACAUCUAAUAACAAGACAGUAUAUGUUGAAAAUAAAGUGCUGGAUAAUUGAUAGCAAGCCACCUAGGGCUUGUAGAAAACAUAUAUAAACUCAGCAAAAAAAGAAACGUCCCUUUUUCAGGACCCUGUCUUUCAAAGAUAAUUCGUAAAAAUCCAAAUAACUUCACAGAUCUUCAUUGUAAAGGGUUUAAACACUGUUUCCCAUGCUUGUUCAAUGAACCAUAAACAAUUAAUGAACAUGCACCUGUGGAACGAUCUUUAAGACACUAACAGCUUACAGACGGCAGGCAAUUAAGGUCACAGUUAUGAAAACUUAGGACACUAAAGAGGCCUUUCUACUGAACACCAAAAGAAAGAUGCCCAGGGUCCCUGCUCAUCUGCGUGAACGUGCCUUAGGCAUGCUGCAAGGAGGCAUGAGGACUGCAGAUGUGGCCAGGGCAAUAAAUUGCAACGUCCGUACUGUGAGACGCCUAAGACAGCGCUACAGGGAGACAGGACGGACAGCUGAUCGUCCUCGCAGUGGCAGACCACGUGUAACAACACCUGCACAGGAUCGGUACAUCCGAACAUAACACCUGCGGGACAGGUACAGGAUGGCAACAACAACUGCCCAAGUUACACCAGGAAUGCACAAUACCUCCAUCAGUGCUCAGACUGUCCGCAAUAGGCUGAGAGAGGCUGGACUGAGGGCUUGUAGGCCUGUUGUAAGGCAGGUCCUCACCAGACAUCACCGGCAACAACGUUGCCUAUGGGCACAAACCCACCAUCGCUGGACCAGACAGGACUGGCAAAAGGUGCUCUUCACUGACGAGUCACGGUUUUGUCUCACCAGGGGUGAUUGUCGGAUUCACGUUUAUCGUAGAAGGACAGAGGCCUGUACUCUGGAGCGGGAUCGAUUUGGAGGUGGAGGGUCCGUCAUAGUCUGGGGCGGUGUGUCACAGCAUCAUCGGACUGAGCUUGUUGUCAUCGCAGGCAAUCUCAACACUGUGCGUUACAGGGAAGAUAUCCUCCUCCCUCAUGUGGUACCCUUCCUGCAGGCUCAUCCUGACCUGACCCUCCAGCAUGACAAUGCCACCAGCCAUACUGCUUGUUCUGUGCGUGAUUUCCUGCAAGACAGAAUGUCAGUGUUCUGCCAUGGCCAGCGAAGAGCCCGGAUCUCAAUCCCAUUGAGCACGUCUGGGACCUGUUGGAUCGGAGGGUGAGGGCUAGGGCCAUUCCCCCCAGAAAUGUCUGGGAACUUGCAGGUGCCUUGGCGGAAGAGUGGGGUAACAUCUCACAGCAAGAACUGGCAAAUACUUAUUUCCCUCAUUAAAAUGCAAAUCAAUUUAUAACAUUUUGACAUGCGUUUUUCUGGAUUUUUUUGUUGUUAUUCUGUCUCUCACUGUUCAAAUAAACCUACCAUUAAAAUUAUAGACUGAUCAUUUCUUUGUCAGUGGGCAAACGUACAAAAUCAGCAGGGCAUCAAAUACUUUUUUCCCUCAUUGUGUGUAUAUAUAUAUAUAUAUAUAUAGUACCAGUCAAAUGUUUGGACACACCUACUCAUUCCAGGGUUUUUCUUUAUUUUUACUAUUUUCUACAUUGUAGAAUAAUAGUGAAGACAUCAAAACUAUGAAAUAACACAUAUUUUCAUAUGGAAAAAGUGUUAUAUAAAAUAUAUUUUGAUUUGUUUUUGAGAUUCUUCAAAGUAGCCACCCUUUGCCUUGAUGACAGCUUUGCACACUCUUGGCAUUCUCUCAACCAGCUUCAUGAGGUAGUCACCUGGAAUGCAUUUCAAUUAACAAGUGUGCCUUGUUAAAAGUUAAUUUGUGGAAUUUCUUUCCUUCUUAAUGCGUUUGAGCCAAUCAGUUGUGUUGUGACAAGGUAGGGGUGGUAUACAGAAGAUAGCCCUAUUUGGUGAAAGACCAAGUCCAUAUUAUGGCAAGAACAGUGCAAAUAAGCAAAGAGAAACGACAGUCCAUCAUUACUUUAAGACAUGAAGGUCAGUCAAUUCGUAACAUUUCAAGAAAGUGUAGUCGCAAAAACCAUCAAGCGCUAUGAUGAAACUGUCUCUCAUGAGGACCGCCAAAGGAAAGGAACACCCAGAGUUACCUCUGCUGCAGAGGAUAAGUUCAUUAGACUUAACUGCGCCUCAGAUUGCAGCCCAAAUAAUGCUUCACAGAGUUAAAGUAACAGACACAUCUCAACAUCAACUGUUCAGAGGAGACUGCGUGAAUCAGGCCUUCAUGGUCGAAUUGAUGCAAAGAAACCUCUACUAAAGGACACCAAUAAGAAGAAGAGACUUGCUUGGCCAAGAAACACGAGCAAUGGACAUUAGACUAGUGUAAAUCUGUCCUUUGGUCUGAUGAGUCCAAAUUAGAUUUUUGGUUCCAACCGCCGUGUCUUUGUGAGACGCAGAGUAGGUAAACGGAUGAUCUCCGCAUGUGUGGUUCCCACCGUGCAGCAUGGAGGAGGAGGUGUGAUGGUGUGGGGGUGCUUUUCUGGUGACACUGGCAGUGAUUUAUUUAGAAUUCAAGGCACACUUAACCAGCAUGGCUACCACAGGAUUCUGCAGCGAUACGCCAUCCCAUCUGGUUUGGGCUUAGUGGGACUAUCAUUUGUUUUUCAACAGGACAAUGACCCAACACACCUCCAGGCUGUGUAAGAGCUAUUUGACCAAGGAGAGUGAUGGAGUGCUGCAUCAGAUGAUCUGGCCUCCACAAUCACCCGACCUCAACCCAAUUGAGAUGGUUUGGGAUGAGUUGGACCACAGGGUGAAGGAAAAGCAGCCAACAAGUGCUCAGCAUAUGUGGGAACUCCUUCAAGACUGUUGGAAAAACAUUCCUCAUGAAGCUGGUUGAGAGAAUGCCAAGAGUGUGCAAAGCUGUUAUCAAGACAAAGGGUGGCUACUUUGAAGAAUCUCAAAUAUAAAAUAUAUUUUGAUUUGUUUAACACUUUUUGGGUUACUACAGUUGAAGUCGGAAGUUUACAUACGCUUAGGUUGGAGUCAUUAAAACUCAUUUUUCAACCACUCCACAAAUUUCUUGUUAACAAACUAUAGUUUUGGCAAGUCGGUUAGGACAUCUACUUUGUCAUGACACAAGUAAUUUUUCCAACAAUUGUUUACAGACAGAUUAUUUCACUUAUAAUUCACUGUAUCACAAUUCCAGUGGGUCAGAAGUUUACAUACACUAAGUUGACUGUGCCUUUUAAACAACUUGGAAAAUUCCAGAAAAUGAUGUCAUGGCAUUAGAAGCUUAGAAAAUCUAAAGAAAUCAGCCAAGACCUCAGAAAAAAAACUGUAGACCUCCACAAGUCUGGUUCAUCCUUGGGAGCAAUUUCCAAACGCCUGAAGGUACCAUGUUAAUCUGUAAAAACAAUUGUAUGCAAGUAUAAACACCAUGGGACCACGCAGCCGUCAUACCGCUCAGGAAGGAGACGCGUUCUGUCUCCUAGAGAUGAACGUACUUUGGUUCCGAAAAGUGCAAAUCAAUCCCAGAACAACAGCAAAGGACCUUGUGAAGAUGCUGGAGGAAACAGGUACAAAAGUAUUUAUAUCCACAAUAAACCAAGUCCUAUAUCGACAUAACCUGAAAGGCCGCUCAGCAAGGAAGAAGCCACUGCUCCAAAACUGCCAUAAAAAAGCCAGACUACGUUUUGCAACUGCACAUGGGGACAAAGAUCGUACUAUUUGGAGAAAUGUCCUCUGGUCUGAUGAAACAAAAAUAGAACUGUUUGUUCAUAAUGACCAUCGUUAUGUUUGGAUGAAUAAGGGGGAGCUUGCAAGCCGAAGAACACCAUCCCAACCGUGAAGCACGGGGUGGUAGCGUCAUGCUGUGGGGGUGCUUUGCUGUAGGAGGGACUGGUGCAUUUCACAAAAUAGAUGGCAUCAUGAGGAAGGAAAAUUAUGUGGAUAUAUUGAAGCAACAUCUCAAGACAUCAGUCAGGAAGUUAAAGCUUGGUCGCAAAUGGGUCUUCCAAAUGGACAACGACCCCAAGCAUACUUCCAAAGUUGUGGACAUCACAAAGCCCUGACCUCAAUCCUAUAGAAAAUUGUGGGCAGAACUGAAAAGGCGUGUGCGAGCAAGGAGGCCUACAAACCUGACUCAGUUACACCAGCUCUGUAAGGAGGAAUGGGCCAAAAUUCACCCAACUUGUUGUGGAAAGCUUGUGGAAGGCUACCCGAAACGUCUUACCGAUGUUAAACAAUUUAAAGGCAAUGCUACCAAAUACUAAUUGAGUGUAAACGUCUGACCCACUGGGAAUGUGAUGAAAGAAAUAAAAGCUGAAAGAAAUCAUUCUCUCUACUAUUAUUCUGACAUUUUACAUUCUUAAAAAAAGUAGAGAUCCUAACUGACCUAAGACAGGGCAUUUUUACUAGGAUUAAAUGUCAGGAAUUGUGAAAAACUGAGUUUAAAUGUAUUUGGCUAAGGUGUAUGUAAAUUUCUGACUUCAACUGUACAUGAUUCCAUAUGUGUUAUUUCAUAGUUUUGAUGUCUUCACUAUUAUUCUACAAUGUAGAAAAUAGUAGAAAAUAAAGAAAAGCCCUUGAAUGAGUAGGUGUGACUUUUGACUGGUACUGUAUGUACAGUUGAAGUCGGAAGUUUACAUACACCUUCGCCAAAUACAUUUAAACUCAGUUUUUCACAAUUCCUGACAUUUAAUCCUAGUAACAAUUCCCUGUCUUAGGUCAGUUAGGAUCACCACUUUAUUUUAAGAAUGUGAAAUGUCAGAAUAAUAGUAGAGAGAAUGAUUUAUUUCAGCUUUUAUUUAUUUCAUCACAUUCCCAGUGGGUCAGACGUUUACAUACACUCAAUGAGAAUUUGGUAGCAUUGCCUUUAAAAUGUUUAACUUGGGUCAAACGUUUCGGGUAGCCUUCCACAAGCUUCCCACAAUAAGUUGGGUGAAUUUUGGCCCAUUCCUCCUGACAGUGCUGGUGUAACUGAGUCAGGUUUGUAGGCUUCCUUGCUUGCACACGCUUUUUCAGUUCUGGCCAAAAAAAAAUCUAUAGGAUUGAGGUCAGGGCUUUGUGAUGGCCACUCCAAUACCUUGACUUUGUUGUCCUUCAGCCAUUUUGCCACAACUUUGGAAGUAUGCUUGGGGUCAUUGUCCAUUUGGAAGACCCAUUUGCGACCAAGCUUUAACUUCCUGACUGAUGUCUUGAGAUAUUGCUUCAAUAUAUCCACAUAAUUUUCCUUCCUCAUGAUGCCAUCUAUUUUGUGAAGUGCACCAGUCCCUCCUGAAGCAAAGCACCCCCACAGCAUGAUGCUGCCACCCCCGUGCUUCACGGUUGGGAUGGUGUUCUUCGGCUUGCAAGCGACCCCCUUUUUCCUCCAAACUUAACGAUGGUCAUUAUGGCCAAACAGUUCUAUUUUUAUUUCAUCAGACCAGAGGACAUUUCUCCAAAAAGUACUAUCUUUGUCCCCAUGUGCAGUUGCAAACCGUAGUCAGUUUUUUUUAUUGCAUACUAUUGUUUGUACAGAUGAACGUGGUACCUUCAGGCGUUUGGAAAUUGCUCCCAAGGAUGAACCAGACUUGUGGAGGUCUACAAUUAUUUUUCUGAGGUCUUGGCUGAUUUCGUUUGAUUUUCCCAUGAUGUCAAGCAAAGAGGCAAUGAGUUUGAAGGUAGGCCUUGAAAUACAUCCACAGGUACACCUCCAAUUGACUCAAAUGAUGCCAAUUAGCCUAUCAGAAGCUUCUAAAGCCAUGACAUCAUUUUCUGGAAUUUUCCAAGCUGUUUAAAGGCACAGUCAACUUAGUGUAUGUAAACUUCUGACCCACUGGAAUUGUGAUACAGUGAAUUAUAAGUGAAAUAAUCUGUCUGUAAACAAUUGUUGGAAAAAUUACUUGUAUCAUGCACAAAGUAGAUGUCCUAUCCGACUUGCCAAAACUAUAGUUUGUAAACAAGAAAUUUGUGGAGUGGUUGAAAAACUAGUUUUAAUAACUCCAACCUAAGUGUAUGUAAACUUCCGACUUCAACUGAAUGUAUGUAUGUAUGUAUGUAUGUAUGUGUUUGUACAUUUUAGUCAUUUAGCAGACGCUCUUAUCCAGGAAGGGCACAUCAACAGAUUUUUCACCUAGCCGACUUAGUGAUUCAAACCAGCAACCUUUCAGUUACCUGCCCAACGCUCUUAACCGCUAGGCUACCUGCCGUGGACAUUGGAAUGAUGCUUGCUCCUCCUUUGUCAGGCCCAGUAUGAGAACCCCCCUCACAUCUACGCCCUGGCUGACAACAUGUACCGCAACAUGAUGAUCGACUGUGAGAACCAGUGUGUCAUCAUCAGGUCUGACCAAUCAUCUCACUCCCAGAGAUCAAGCUUUAUACUUUGUAGUAACCUGAACUUUCACAUAAACCAUGCAUUCUGUCAAUGGGAUGUCAUCACAAUGAGUUAGGGUGUUGCUCUGUUUCACAAAGCUUUUCCAUUGUCUUUGCAGUGGGGAGAGUGGAGCAGGAAAGACUGUAGCAGCAAAAUACAUAAUGGGCUACAUCUCCAAGGUGUCGGGCGGAGGUUCCAAAGUCCAGGUAUAGGGGAUCCAUUCAUCUAAUUCUCCCUUCCAUUCUCUCAUUUCAUCUUCUCAGACACGUAUUAGUGCGUUCAUCUGUUCUCCUUUAUUCUUCUUCUUCACAGCACGUAAAAGACAUCAUCCUCCAAUCCAACCCUCUCCUGGAGGCCUUUGGGAAUGCCAAGACCGUGCGCAACAAUAACUCCAGUCGCUUUGUGAGUAGAACAGGGAAUCUGGGAAUACCGAUAGAAUGGAUAAGGAAUUAGGGGUGCAUUUCAUUCCAAAAAUGUUGUGGCCUUCUGCCCUUCACUCCCAUUGACAGAUCUGAUGGGACCAGAAAGGUGAAAGUAAUAGGGAGAAAUCUAGGUGGAGCUUUUAUUGUUGCAUUCCUGGUUUAGGCCUUAUCUGGACAAGGAACCUUAAUCACUGUGUUCUGUGUUACCACAGGGGAAGUACUUUGAGAUCCAGUUCAGCCGUGGAGGAGAGCCAGACGGAGGGAAGAUCUCCAACUUCCUGUUGGAGAAGUCCAGGGUGGUGUCACAGAACCAGGGAGAGAGGAACUUCCACAUCUACUACCAGGUGGGACAGAAUAACUAAUUACGGAGAGAAUUUCAUCACUUAUUUAACCUUUGACCAAACAACCUCUGACCCUUGACCCUUAGCUCCUGAUGGGUGCCACUAAAGAGAUGAGGGAGAACCUUGGUGUCACCACACCUGACUACUACCUCUACCUGAACCAGUCUGGCACCUACACCGUGGAGGAUGUCAACGAUAAGAAGGAAUUCUCUGACACCAUGGUGAGCUCUCUCUCUCUCUCUCUCUUUUUUUUCACAUGUCUAGAGAGGCAGUUUGUCUUCAUUGUGUGUAUGUGUUUUAGGAGGCCAUGUCAGUGGUGGGCCUGUCUGUAGACGAGCAGGACAUGGUGCUGCAGAUCGUAGCAGGCAUCCUGCAUCUGGGCAACAUCGCCUUCAGAGAGGAGGGAAACUAUGCUGUGGUGGAGAGUGAGGACUGUGAGUUACGCUUACACACACACGCACGCACACACACACACACAAUCCCAAAUCAACCCCUAUCCUAUACCCUCUUUGCACUUGUGAUCCCCCUCUUUGUCCUAUCUCACUUCCUGUCCUCCAUGUUCUGGCAGUCCUGGCGUUCCCGGCCUACCUGUUGGGAAUCUCCCAGGAGGGUCUGAAGAACAAGCUGACCAGCCGGAUCAUGGACAGCAAGUGGGGGGGUAAGACAGAGAGCAUCGCUGUCACCCUGAACACAGAGCAGGCCUCCUUCACACGGGACGCCCUCUCCAAAGCUCUCUACUCACGCCUGUUUGACUUUCUUGUGGAUGUAAGUCUCCAUUUAAUUUCAGAAGGAACCUGUCAGUGAGGUUCCUUUUAUCCACAUAUCAAUUUGCUCACCUAUAUGUUGACCAGUUAACUAGUAGAAGGAACAUUUAACAGCAAAGCAUGGCCAAACAUGUUCACACUUACUACAGAGUCAUAGCUCUUAUCGGAACAUGUAUUGGACUUGCUGUCCGGAUCCUUGUGCAGUUGUUUGUCUUUUGACUGCUGGUGUGGGAGCCACACAAGAUAAUAAUAAUAUGCCAUUUAGCAGAUGCUUUUAUCCAAAGCGACUUACAGUCAUGAUGGAACGUGUCUAGAGAUGGGAGCAGUAGGGAGGCAGUGCAGCUUACACAUGUUCUGUCCUGUUGUCUCACAAGAGGUUUACUGCAGUACUGUUGCUACAACCAUGACACUUCAUUUUAUUGUAGUACUGUAUCAUAGUACUGUAUCAUUGCUCUUUAGCGUUUAAACUUCUUCAUUCCUGUCUCUCUGUCUGUCUUUCUUUCCUCUCUCCUCUCCCCCAGUCUAUCAACAAAGCCAUACAGAAAGACCAUGAGGAAUUCAACAUUGGGGUGCUGGACAUCUAUGGCUUUGAAAUCUUCCAGGUGGAUAUUUCUGUGCUGCCUCAUACAGGAGUUGUCCCACUUCUACUGUUGGACCUCAUUUAUUUAAAAACUGCAUACAUCACCAUACAUAAUCAUUUCCACCUAUAGGCCUACUGUUAGACCACAUGUCAUUUUGUUUAAGAUUGCACACAUAUGGCCUGCACACCUAAUUGCCACCUCCAGUUACCUACUGUUAAGUAUAUGUGUUGAAAGUUUACUGCUUUUUAUUCAUACAAAAUCAUUAAUACUAUGUAUUCUCUCUGUUGUGGAAAUUACCACCAGGGACACCUGAAGUUCAUCUUAAAUGAGUCAUUCUUUAUUAUCAGCAAGCUGGAGAGUUUACAACAAACUUAAUGCACCAAGUAGAACACGUCUGUCAGGAGUUUCGCCGGGACAGUCCCGUUAGUUCUCUUAUAUACUGCUUACACAGACAAGUUAUAUUUGCAUGAUUUAGCUUAUUCAUAAUUCAUAAUACAUUCAUCAUUAACUUUUGGUUCAUUCAUGUGACCUACCAAUACCUCACGAGGCUUCUUCUCUCUUGAAACUGAGAUAUCCCUUUCUUUUUUCUAAACAAGGUUCUGGGCGUACAGCCAAAUUGCUUAUACUGAUAGUGAGGAUUCCUCCCAGGCAUGAUCAAUCAGUCACUUGCAUGAACCCAGUCGAAUUGGUUAUUAGAAAAGCACAAACAUAACAUUUUCCUUCACAUCUCUAUUUAACACUAAUAGAAAAACGGCUUUGAGCAGUUCUGCAUCAACUUUGUGAAUGAGAAACUGCAGCAGAUUUUCAUUGAGCUCACGUUAAAAGCUGAGCAGGUAAGUGAUAACUCUACAUUACUUGUUUCACUCUUUCGUCUUGUGAUACGUCUACAUUACUUUGGCUUGUUUUCCCAGAUACUUACAUUGUUUCUUGUAGGAGGAGUAUGUGCAGGAAGGGAUCAAGUGGACGCCAAUCGAGUACUUUAACAACAAAAUCGUGUGUGACCUCAUUGAGUCCAAACUGGUGAGGGAUCAUAUUCGGCCAUUUCCUGUAGUGCUGAAGUUGGGGGCGGCCAUUUUGUGUGUAAUUCAGGUGAACUACAGUACCAGUAGAUGUUGUGUGUGGUACAGUUCUUGAUAUGCCUUGUUCUUAUUACCCAGAACCCCCCAGGCAUCAUGAGUAUCUUGGACGAUGUGUGUGCCACCAUGCAUGCUAAGGGGGAGGGCGCUGACCAGACUCUGAUCCAGAAGUUACAAGGGGGAAUCAGCUCCCAUGAGCACUUCAACAGCUGGAAUAAAGGCUUCAUAGUGCACCACUACGCUGGCAAGGCAAGGACACCAUAUAGCACAAACACUAUGGGCCUUUUAGAAUCCAUUUAGAAUACAUCCUCAUUACACACUGAACCAACAUUGACCAACAGUCCAACAUUCCAAAGAUUACAGCUCUUUGAUUUAAUUUGGUACAUUGCCCCCUGGUGGGGGUUUGGAGUACAUGGAGACCACAUCUCCUAAAUAUCAGAAUGUGUUAGGGGAAAAUGCUGAAAUUAAAGACUCAGAGCUUGUCCUCUCUCUCUCAGGUGUCCUAUGACGUCAGUGGCUUCUGUGAGAGGAACAGAGAUGUGCUCUUCAAUGACAUCAUUGAGCUGAUGCAGAGCAGUGAAUUGUAAGUGUAGUUAGAAGUGUUAUAAUAGGUAUACUAUAUGAUAAUUCCAUAGACCGCCACUGACCAGUCUCUCUCUCUCUCUCUCUGUCUCUCUCUCUGUCUCUCUCUGUCUCUCUGUCUCUCUGUCUCUCUGUCUCUCUCUGUCUCUCUCUCUGUCUGUCUCUGUCUGUGUCUGUCUGUCUGUCUGUCUGUCUGUCUGUCUGUCUGUGUGUUUGGGCAGUGCCUUCAUAAAAACCCUUUUCCCAGAAAACCUAGAGGCAGAGAAAAAGGGCCGUCCUACCACCGCCAGUAGCAAGAUCAAGGUAAGGAUCUGACACGGUUGUGUGCUACUAUAAUCUCGGUAAACCCAGGACAAAGUCUCACGUAAUUGGUCAGCUGCUUGAUUAAGUUCUGGGUCCAUACGUGUUAAGAGAUGACGAGAUGCUAGAACGAGGAGUGGAACCAGAUGCUCCACCCCCUCUCUCUACGGGCCGAAUGUCCCCUCCCUCCCGAAAUUCGAAAGAUGCUAACACCUGCGAAAUCGUGAUUUGUCCAAAUUACCAGUGACGAAAAACCCAAACACCGUAACUACUGCUGCUCCUUAUCCCAUUCCUACCCGACAGAUUCUACGGUACCAGUUAUGUUUACGUAGAUCUGUCCACAAGAGAUUAUUGUUGCUAUGGAAACAGACAUGCCAGUCCAAACUCAGAUGAGUGACUCCUCCACCCCGCUGUCUUCCAUAAUAUCCACAGGUCACUGAAUGUGUUAUUGUACAGGGAUACAUUUUCUUCUAUCAGUUGUUUUUAUUGCUCUGAGCACCUGGUCUGUUCUACAAAGCUGGAUGAUUGAACCUCCAUGUCCUUCAGAAACAAGCCAACAACCUGGUCCAGACUCUGAUGAAGUGCACCCCCCACUACAUCCGCUGCAUCAAACCCAACGAGACCAAGAAGCCUCGGGACUGGGAGGACUCUCGGGCCAAACACCAGGUGGAGUACCUGGGCCUGCGGGAGAACAUUCGUGUGCGCCGCGCCGGGUACGCCUUCCGCCGAGCCUUCGCCAAGUUCCUGCAGAGGUGAGCCCUAAGGUCAUAUGGGUCAGGGGUCAUACGGUGGUCAGGAGUCAAGAGAUGGAUUUCCAUGCUGGCUUCACAGAUUUCAAACAUCAGUAUAAAUGUAUUUUGUUCCUGUUUUGUUUCUAUUCAUUAAAAAAUUUUUUGGGACUUCAGGACAUUCUGCCAGUCCAGUAAAAUGGUUGUGUGUGUGUGUGGUCCUCCAGGUACGCCAUCCUGACCAGGGAGACGUGGCCCCAGUGGACAGGGGAGGAGAGGAAGGGGGUUCUCCACCUCCUCCACUCUGUCAACAUGGACCAGGACCAGUACCAGCUGGGAAAGACCAAGAUCUUCAUCAAGGCCCCAGAAUCAGUACGUCUUUCUCUUGUUACCUAGAAAACCUCUAUACUGACACAGAACUGUCUGGUUCUUCUUACUAUAAAGGCAAUAAUUGAAAUAACUAUUUUGAAAUGUGUUUCUGUAGUUGUUCUUGCUGGAGGAGAUGAGGGAAAGGAAGUAUAAUGGAUAUGCUCGGGCCAUCCAGAAGGCCUGGCGCAAACACAUCGCCGUCCGCAAGUACGUCAAGAUGAGAGAGGAAGGUAAGUCAUUGGUUUCUCUCUGUGGGAAUUAGCUUUUUGCCAUGUACGUUCAGUACUGCAUAAUAGAGGGUUCUAUCUACUGUAUAUGUUAAGCCAUGCAUCACAGUGCGUUGUGUCCUGUCAGUUCAGUACUGCAUCACAGUGCGUUGUGUCCUGUCAGUUCAGUACUGCAUCACAGUGUGGUGUGUCCUGUCAGUUCAGUACUGCAUCACAGUGUGGUGUGUCCUGUCAGUUCAGUACUGCAUCACAGUGCGUUGUGUCCUGUCAGUUCAGUACUGCAUCACAGUGUGGUGUGUCCUGUCAGUUCAGUACUGCAUCACAGUGUGGUGUGUCCUGUCAGUUCAGUACUGCAUCACAGUGUGGUGUGUCCUGUCCUGUCAGUUCAGUACUGCGUCACAGUGUGGUGUGUCCUGUCAGUUCAGUACUUGCGUCACAGUGUGGUGUGUCCUGUCAGUUCAGUACUGCGUCACAGGUGGUGUGUCCUGUCAGUUCAGUACUGCAUCACAGUGUGGUGUGUCCUGUCAGUUCAGUACUGCAUCACAGUGUGGUGUGUCCUGUCAGUUCAGUACUGCGUCACAGUGUGGUGUGUCCUGUCAGUUCAGUACUGCGUCACAGUGUGGUGUGUCCUGUCAGUUCAGUACUGCGUCACAGUGUGGUGUGUCCUGUCAGUUCAGUACUGCGUCACAGUGUGGUGUGUCCUGUCAGUUCAGUACUGCAUCACAGUGUGGUGUGUCCUGUAGCCUCAGACAUCUUACUGAAUAAGAAGGAGAGGAGGAGAAACAGCCUCAACAGGAACUUUGUGGGCGACUACAUCGGCACCGACAACCACCCCGAGAUCCGACAGUUCGUGGGCCGCCGGGAGAAGAUCGAUUUUGCAGAUGUGGUUGCCAAAUAUGACCGCAGGUUUAGGGUAAGAGUCAAGUAUGACCACAGGAACAAACCAACAUUGACAUUGUUAUUCAUGUUAGAUAGAAGAGACAGUGUUUCUACUCCAUCAGUGGUUUGGUGGAUACUGCUAAAGGCAUCCCUUGCCAAUGCUUGUCUGCUCAUUGAACCCCAUAUAUCUGAUGGCUACUGGUCAGUAAGUCUAUAAUAGCAACAAGUUAUAUAAUAUCCCUCUCUCCAUGUUGCAGACUGUGAAGCGUGACCUCAUCCUGACCCCUAAGUUCUUGUAUCUGAUUGGUCGGGAGAAGGUGAAGCAGGGACCAGAUAAGGGGCAGAUCCACGAGGUUCUGAAGAGACAGAUAGAAGUGGAGAAGAUUCAGUCAGUCUCUCUCAGGUGCAGGUUAAGAUAUUCUGGAAAUGUUCUACCAGUUGAUGAUCAUGAUGCACAGUAGUAGAAAUGAGAUUUUAGUUGAAAGGAUGUAUCCUCUCCUCCCUCAGCACCCUGCAGGAUGACUUCUUCAUCAUCCAUGAGGAGCAUUACGACAGUGUCCUUCAGUGCAUCUUCAAGACGGAGUUCCUCAGUCUGCUCUACAAACGUUAUGAUGAGAAGACCCAGAGGAAGCUACCGCUCAAGUUCAACAACCUGUCAGUCAAAGUCUUUACUCUGAGCUUAGUCUUAGACCAAUCAGUGGGGUUUUACUGUUAAACUAAAAGGGCCAAUCCGCAGUUGAAACCAUAACAAAGUGGUUUCUAUAAAAAGCUGAGAGAUGGGCCUGGAGAAAUAAAACCACUCUCAAAUUCAUAGACAGAGCUAUGGAUGCAAGGACUGACCAUCCAUGAUAUCAAAAUGAUAGUUGUAACCAUGUUUUGAAGCUAUGCAGUGUUUGUUUACAUUUACUUUGUAUACAAACAUUGGAGUAAAACAAGCGUAUAUUUGGGGAUCUGACUGCGGUGUAUUCAUUUAGCAGCAACUUAAAUGACUAAAACCACAUAUAAAGUAUGUAGAAAACAUAAUGGAGGUAUAUAUUUAUAAGAUCAUCUUUGAGAACUAACCACCAAAAUGAAAACUAGACAGUCAGGGAGAAUCUAAAAUUCCAAAACUGUCAUGGCAUGGGGCCCCCAUUGAUUUAGUUCUAAUGUUUGAGUCACUGGGAAGCAUAAGAACACAGCAUAAGCCCUGGCAAAAUGUGUAGAAUGGCAGGAAAUUAGCUUUAAAACUAUAGAUUUCUCCCGCCCCAUGUUGAAAUGUGUAGAAUGGCAGGAAAUUGGCUUUAAAACUAUAGAUUUCUCCCGCCCCAUGUUGAAAUGUGUAGAAUGGCAGGAAAUUGGCUUUAAAACAGCAAAACCUGCGGCCAAGAGUAAGGCCUUUGACAUUUUCGGUGGGAGAACCCCCCCCCCCCACGCUAACUUUGCCACCGCUUCUGAAAAAAUCCUAGGGGAAACACUGGACUUGGUGUGAAAGUUGAACUAAACUCAUGAGGCAUUUCUAAAUUGUUAUAUUCUUCAAGAAUCAAUGGGUAUAUAUCAUUAAUUUAUAAGUCCAGAAAUUGAUGUAGCAACUGCAGAUUGCCCCUUAAAACAUACCAGUGUCAUGCUUUACGUAAACGAUCAUUAAUAAUCUCAAAGAUACAUAAUGCAAAAAAGUAAUCCAGUUUGAGUCUUUUAAGCCAUAUUUUAACCCAAUGCUCUUCUCUCUCUCUCCCUCCCUCUCUGUUCCUCGUUUAGACUGGAGUUUAAGGUGAAAAAGGGAGGUUGGGGGCCGUUCUCAGCGGCUGGCUCCAGGCAGAUCCAGUUCCAGCCGGGCCAAGGAGACGAGGUGGUUGUGAAGCCCAGCAGCAAGGUCCUCAUAGUCACCAUCGGACCCGGGCUCCCUAAGAACUCCAGUGAGUCCAUGCACUUUGAAUGGAGACUUCUAUUAGUAGGCUUAAUCUGGGUCUGUGCAACCGUCCCAUAGCAUUUGACACAUCACACCUUUUUCUCAUGUGUUCCCCAGGACCGACCCGCAGAGACAACAGGAAAAGUCGCUACAUGGGCAACCAGCCUCCAGGCUCGCGACAGCAGUCACAAGGUGAGAGAACUAGAUAGCUGAACAUCCCCAAUGAUGGCACUCAUUUGACUUUUGACCUGACUCAACAUCUCCUUCAUGUCCAUGUGUCUCAGGCGCCCCCAGGGGCAGAGGCCGAGGUGGGGGUGGUGGUCAGCGGGGUGGGCCGCCCUCGUCCAGGGCGUCCAGAGUCUCUCUGCUCCGCCGGCAGUCCAGUAUGGAGCAGCCCACACUACCUCGACAACAGGGGACCCGGCAGACCAACAACCGCUCCAACAACCAGAGCCAGGCAGACACCGCCUUCAUGAACGUGCCUGACCAGGGAGUGGCUGGGUGAGUUCUCAGGCCCUGUUUGAAUACUUGUUAGGUUGUUAAAAUGUAUAUUCUUCCUCAUGUUGCUGGUGUUUUUUUCAAAUACUCAAAUGGUAUUAGAUACUGUAAAUCAAGACUGGCACUUUUACUAGAUCUCUCUUCUACUCUCUUUCUCUCAUGCCAAUUUCGCUCAGUCUUCAUCGUAGACUCUCGAAGGAGGUCAAGCCUUCCCCAGGAGCGGGCCGCCCCAAGCCUGCCCCCAAGCCCAAGCCUCGCUCCCCAGAAUGCCGAGCGCUGUAUGCUUACGAUGCCCAGGACACUGAUGAGCUGAGCUUCAACGCGGAGGAUGUCAUUGAAAUCCUCACUGAAGGUACUAAACCCUUACAGUAGAUCAUCUCUGAAUUUAUAUAAUAUUUAAAUAAACUGAGUAUAUUCAUUACAGUAGUAUAAAACUGCUAUUAGUCAUACACUAUAAGUACUGCUACGUAUGAUAUACUGCUAGUAUUAUAUACUGCUAGUAUUAUAGUAUUAUUAAAGGCAUACUAUAACCACAUUUUCUACUUCAGUUGAAAGCCGUCUUCCUGUGCUUCACCUGUAAUUCCCUCUAAGGAUAGAAAAGGGCUGUAUAAUCUAGAUUGACCGUUUUUCUCACCUGUCCUCCCUCCAGAUCCAUCAGGCUGGUGGUUCGGUCGUCUUCGCGGGAGAGAAGGCAUGUUUCCUGGGAAUUAUGUAAAGAAGAUCUAG